GGUGACGGGGCCGCGCGGGACCGAAGGCUCACCCCUCACCCACCUCCUGCUGGCGCGCGCGCGCUGCCUACAGUCCGCUCACCCGCCGCUCGCGCCGGGCGUUCCCGGGUUAACGGUCGCGCUCGAGGCGCAGGCGACACUAGAGCCGUCACUCUUCGCGCGUGCGCGGCAGCGCGCUCCGGCCGCGUCAAUGGACAACGGACUCGGCUCGGGCUAAACGGCCGCUCGCCCGUGCCGGUGUCGCGGGGGUUGCAGGCGCGGCGCCUCCGUCCCGCCCCCACCACCACCCGCUCGGCCCCGCCCAGGCCAGGCCCCGAUGCUGCUGCUCCAGGCCGCCUGAGGGGAAGGUCGGCCCGGCUUGGCCACUGUUUGAUGAGUAGCCGCCCGGCAGCGAGGCAGUCGGGCCGCGGGCCCAGCGGGAUGUUCGCGGCGGUGGAGCAGGGCCCGGUGCUGUGCAGCGACUCCAACAUCCUGUGCCUGUCAUGGAAAGGCCGUGUGCCCAAGAGCGAGAAAGAGAAGCCCGUGUGCCGCCGGCGCUGCUAUGAGGAGGGCUGGCUGGCGACUGGCAACGGCAGAGGGGUGGUCGGCGUGACUUUCACCGCCAGUCACUGCAGGAGGGAGCGCAGCAACCCGCAGAGGAUCAACUUCAACCUGCGAGGCCACAACAGCGAGGUGGUGCUUGUGCGCUGGAAUGAGCCAUUUCAGAAACUUGCAACGUGUGAUGCUGAUGGAGGAAUUUUUGUGUGGAUUCAGUAUGAAGGCAGGUGGUCAGUUGAACUGGUCAAUGACCGCGGAGCACAGGUGAGUGACUUUACCUGGAGUCAUGAUGGUACUCAGGCACUCAUUUCGUACCGAGAUGGCUUUGUCUUGGUUGGAUCUGUCAGUGGACAGCGACAUUGGUCUUCUGAGAUUAAUUUGGACAGCCAGAUUACCUGUGGAAUAUGGACACCUGAUGACCAACAGGUGCUGUUUGGUACAGCUGAUGGGCAAGUGAUAGUGAUGGACUGCCAUGGACGUAUGCUGGCUCAUGUAUUACUCCAUGAAUCUGAAGGUAUCCUGGGAAUGUCUUGGAAUUAUCCCAGUUUCCUGGUGGAGGACAGUAGCGAGAGUGACACAGAUUCUGAUGACUAUUCACCACCACAAGAUGGUCCAGCAAUAUAUCCCUUGCCAAUUCAAAACAGCAAGCCACUGCUGACUGUUAGCUUCACAUCAGGGGAUAUCAGCAUGAUGAACAACUAUGAUGAUUUGUCACCUACUGUUAUCCGCUCGGAUAUGAAAGAUGUGGUCGUACAGUGGAGCACACAGGGAGACCUGCUGGCUGUCGCAGGCAUGGAAAGGCAGAGUCAAUCUUACGAACUAGGAAGUGUUCCAGUAGUGAAAAAUGCUGCAGUUAAAUUCUUUAAUAACCAUGGAGAACAUAUUUACACACUGGAAAGUCCCACCCAGCGUCCCAUUACAGCCAUCUGUUGGGGUCAUCGUGACUCACGUUUGUUCUUAUCUUCUGGACCUGCCCUGUACGUUGUUCGUGUGGAGCACAGGAUUGCCAACCUACAAUUAUUGUGUCAGCAGGCUAUUGUCAUUUCUCUUCGUGAUGAGAAAGACUUCAGCAAAUUAACACUUCCACCUCGUCUUUGUUCAUACCUCACUGCUGCCUUUGUAUCAACAAUUAAGCCUCCCAUCCCAGAUCCAAAUAAUAUGCGGGAUUUUGUAAGUUACCCAACAGCAGGGAAUGAAAGACUGCACUGCACUAUGAAGCGUACAGAAGAUGACCCAGAAGUAGGUGGGCCAUGCUACACCCUGUAUCUGGAAUACCUGGGUGGACUAGUGCCAAUUUUAAAAGGAAGGAGAAUAAGUAAACUUCGACCAGAAUUUGUCAUUAUGGACCCUAAAACGGAUGGUAAAACAGAUGAAACCUUUGGCAACAACUUGAUUUCAAAUGUAAUUGACAGCUGUAAUUGUUCUGACUCCAGUGAUAUAGAACUCAGUGAUGACUGGGUUGGCAAGAAAUCUCCGAAGAUAUCUCGAGCAAGCAAGUCCCCCAAAUUACCCAGAAUUAAUCUUGAUGCUAGAAAAUCACCCAAACUUUCUCGAGCUAGCCAGGAGAUAUCAAAGUCUCCACGAUUGCCAAUUAGGAAACCUUCUAUCAGUUCCCCAAGCUUAACUCGAAAAGAAUUUCCUUUAGAAGAUAUCACACAGCACAACUAUCUUGCUCAGGUCACAUCCAACAUUUGGGGGACGAAGUUCAAAAUUGUAGGAUUGGCUUCAUUUCUGCCAAGUAAUCUUGGUGCAGUAAUCUAUAAAACCAGCCUGCUCCAUCUUCAGCCCAGACAAAUGACCAUCUACCUACCAGAAGUGCGCAAGCUGUCAAUGGACUUGAUCAACAUGUCUGUGUUUAAUCCCAGCGUUUUCAGUGAAGAUGAGGAUGAUCUUGCAGUGAAUGGAACAUCUGGAGCUCCUGAAAACAACCCACCUUGCACUGUUAAUAUUCCCAUUGCACCCAUCCAUAGUUCUGCACAAGCAAUGUCCCCUACUCAAAGUAUAGGUCUUGUCCAAUCAUUACUAGCCAAUCAGAAUGUGCAGCUGGAUGUAUUAACCAAUCAAACUGCCGUUGCAGGAGCAGUGGAACAUACUUUGGACAGCUCCAGCCAGUAUGCAAUUCCCAAUAGGUAUUCUAAUCCAGGACAAGUUAUCUUUGGAAGUCUGGAAGCAGGCCGUAUGACUGGUGGAUCACAGCAGAUCUCAGGGAUGGUGCAAAUUCCUUCUGUGGAGCAUGUUGAAAGGGAGCCUGAACACACACAAAAAAUCAAACCCUUACGAACAGUGCCACAAUUGGUAGAAAGCGAUGCAAUGGUAUUCUGUACAACUCCCGAAGUUCAGUUAGCUAAAAUAAACGCACAUCCACCUCCUCCAUAUCCAGGAACUACCACGGCUUCUGCAGCCAUUCCUGUCACUGCUCCAUCAAUGGAUAUCUGUCUGAAAAAAGCAGAUUUUUCUCUCUUUCCUACUGGACACCUGCAAACCCCACUAGGUUAUGAAAGAAUCACAACGUUUGACAGCAGUGGGAACGUAGAAGAAGUGUGCAGGCCUCGUGUGAGAAUAAUGAGCAACCAAAACAUGUACACCCUUCCAGGCCCAGGGCAGUCAUCAUUACGCUUGCCUUCAGCAGAUGCAAAGAAAGUACAGCAGGUAUAUGGGACACUCAAUAGGCUAAAUGUGGCUCACUGUGUUAUUCCAAGUGGGGAUCCACCACCUUAUCCUGAUGCAACUAUUAGAAGGCACCGUAUUGACAGUAAUACACUACAGAUGCCGUUGCGAAGAAAUAGCAAAGAUGCCACAAUAAAGGUGUCUCAGCUUCUAGAAUCCCAAAGGGUUGUUCAACACGGUCAUAAACCAAAAAACAACUCUUCAGUGUCUGCACAGUACCAACAAAACACACUCCGAUCUCCCCCUGCUCUCUAUACCUGCAGUCAAUGUAUCAGCAAUGGAAGCAACAAUGGUAACAUUGUUAGACAGGAACUACCUACUGGAACUGGCUCUCAGCACAGCACUGUAAUUGUACACUCGUCUAGUACAUCGCCACUCUCUUCUCAGUCAUCUUAUAAUCUGCUGAGCCCUCCAGACAGCUGUCAUGAUAGAACAGAAUACAUUAAUAAUGCUUUCACUGAGGACGAGUCCAUUUUGCAGCCUUGCCAAAUUGAGAAAUCCAUUCGGCAUAUUUCAUUAAGUAAUGAUAUCACAAUGAGCAUGAAGCGGCCACCUCCAUAUCAGUGGGACCCAGCAGGGAGUGAGGAGAUUUGGAUCCCACAGGAAAGACCAACUCCGAUUUCAGCAACAGGGAGUCAUAAGCCACCACCUCUCAUCCUGGAGCAAUCUCAUGUGGAGAUGUCACAUGUAUCAUUUGUUCCUAUUAAAUCUCCUACCAGUCCAACAGUUGCUUUCCAAUCAAACUAUGGACUGACUUUACCAUAUCCUAUAAGUUACACUGCAUCUCCUAUUGCAGCCUUUCAGGCAGCAUUUCCUCCCCCAGAAGCUAUAGGCCCACCACCAUAUCCACAACAAGACCCUUCAGUAGUUGUCCAAUCUGGUUAUCCAGCUAACAUUACCUGUUGUCCAUUGCCACCAAUGUAUCCAACCAGUAACACAUUUUCUAGUUUACAACUCCCCCAGCUUGCAUUGCACCAGUGGAAUGCCUACAGCGCUUGUUCUCCAAUGCAUAGCUCACAAGGGACUUUGAACUCAAAGCCACACUUACUUGUUGAGAAAUCUGGAAUGCCUCCAUUUCCAGCAGAGCUGCAGGAUCAUACAGGAACUGAAGUGAUUGUGGAAACAGCAGACAAUUUCCAAGAGGUUCUCUCUCUGACAGAAUCUCCUGUGCCCCAGCGAACUGAUAAAUGCAACAAGAAAAGUCGUAAACGGUUAGACAGUAGGCCAGAGGAAACAAACAUGCAAGCGGUAACUGAAGGGAAGAUGAAAAAAGAAGCAAAGGCACUCACAGACUUCAACUCUCUUAUUUCUAGCCCAAGACUAGGAAGAGAAAAGAAAAAAAUCAAAAGCCAAAAGGAUCAGCUGAAAUCCAAGAAGCUGAAUAAAAUGAGUGAGUUUCAAGACAGUUCAGAAAGUGAGCCAGAGUUAUUCAUUAGUGGAGAUGAGCUCAUGAAUCAGAGCCAGAGCACCAAAAAGGUUUGGAAAACUAAGAGAAACCUAAGGACAGCAAAUGAAACAGAUGAGCUGAAAUGUCGAAGAGCAAAUGAUAAAGAGGACGGGAAACUGGGCAAUCAAGGGUUUGUGUAUGUAAUGGCUAACAAGCAGCCACUGUGGAAUGAGGCAACACAAGUCUACCAGUUGGAUUUUGGCGGAAGAGUGACGCAAGAAUCAGCUAAAAACUUCCAAAUUGAGCUGGAUGGACGACAGGUGAUGCAGUUUGGAAGGAUUGAUGGUAAUGCGUACAUCCUGGAUUUUCAGUAUCCGUUUUCUGCAGUGCAGGCUUUUGCUGUUGCACUGGCAAAUGUCACACAGCGACUGAAAUGAAUGGGAGGAGCCAAACUGCUUUCUGGAUCUGAGGAGCAAAAGAUGCCAGGAAUGCACCUUGAAUGCACUGUGACUGAAAUGGUCUGGGUAGCUGUGCACUGCUGCCUUUCACUUUAGAGCAUCACAGUUCACCUGUUUAGUCUUGAAGUAACAGGAAGGGUAAAGAGCAUGCUUCUCGGAUGCAGGCUAGGAUAAUUGCAGUUCAGAGAGCUUGCUGCUUUGUAGACCUUUGCAGCGGAUUACAUGCUGCACCUUGCUUAUCCGAAUAACCCAGUAGAAUAAGUUUACCUGUUGACUAGACUGCCUUAUAUUAUGGUGUUUUUGUUUCUUGCAACAAUUACAGAAAUUUACUUUCUCUGCAGUUUUUAAUAACACUAAUAAUACUUGAAUAAUAAGGAUUCUUGGCACCGGAAUGAGAAGGUAUGGUAUUAAUAGGUAGCUAGGGUUGUGUCAAUAAUUUUAAGCACUGGAAACAGCAAUUUAAGGAGCUUAUAAAUUAAAAUGACAAGACAGUCUUUAAAACAGUGUUUUGGGACAGUUUGUUUUAAUAUUCAUUGCUUUGAAAUUAAUAUUUUGUGUUUUGUUAAGCUAUUCUAGUGGUAACUAUCAAAAAACAAGUAAUUGAGUUGGACAUAUUGAUACUUUGUCAGCAACUUUUAAACUUUACAAAAUAAUUUUUAUUUCUAGUGACAAUGAGUUGCACAUGUAUCCUUAAUAGCGGAUUGCUUUCCCAAUUGACAAGCAACCCACCAUUUGAGGGUAUAUCUGUAAAGUAGGGGGACCGAAUGCACCUAAACUUGCAUGGUACUUUUACAGAAUGCUGGCCUGUAGUAAACUUUUCUAUAAAUAUUUUGGUUGCGUAGCUUGUUAUGUGAGGUUUGGUUUAGACAGUGACACAGGUGUUGGGGGUGGGGUGAGUUAUUGUUACAAGCUGUCGUAUUUGUUGUCUUAAGGUUAGGAAAACUUGAAGAUGGUUAAAGUUUAAUGCAAUGUAAAUUCAUGAAUACUUUAAACUUAGAUUUGGAAUAUAACUUUCAGCCACCAUAAUGAGUUCCAAUUCAAACACACAUGCUUAAGAAUACUAAGGUUUAUAAAAACCUGAGAAUCAAAGAUUUUGUUGUACUUAUUCAACUUCAUAUUUCCCAUUAAUAAUUGUAUUUUUAUGUAGUGGCAGUAGUUCCUUGUAUUACGCAGACUUUUGUAGCACAAAAACAGGUUAUUCAACCCAAUAGGUCUCUGCCAGUGUUGAUGCUUCAUAUAAGCUAUUUCUCAUCUUUCUCACCCGUCUCAUCAUCUCCUCUGAUCCCCUCCCCCAUGUUGUUUGUCUAGCUUCUCCUUAAACGAAUCAUUCCAUGGAGUGGUGAAUUCCAAUUUCCUACCAUUACCAGAGCAAAAAUGUUUCCCUUGAAUCCCUUCAUGGUUUUCCUUGUGUUUCUGGCCCCAUGGGAAGAAGUGUUCUCCUUGCAUCCUCAGCUUUUAAAGAUAUCUGUCAGGUCACCCUUUGGGUCUGCUAUCACCUUUAUUACUUAAGGAAAAAUUGCUGCUUUCGACUUCUUGUAACACAGAUACUAAAAUUGUGUUUAGUAUUCUAACCAAGGUUAUGCAUCUUAGUGUAACUUCUCUGCUCUUGAAUUUGGCUCCACCAAAAUGAGACCCAGUGCCAUGUUUACACUUUUUAGUUGCUUUAAUGAUUUGCAAACCUGCACCCUGAGAUUCCUUUGUGCUUCUGCCCUAAAUAGAUCCUUGUUUUCCACAGAAUACAUGGAUUCUUUAAAUGAAUCAAAAUGAUGCAUCUCAUAUUUAACGAUAUUGAAAGAUAUUUUCCAUUUGCAUGUGCAUUUAGCAACGCAAUUGUCACAAUCUUUCUCCAUAUUAACAACACCACCUAAUUUGGUAUUGCAUACAAAAAAUGAUAUUGUACUUCGAAUUCACAGAUUGUUUAUAUAAAUGGUGAUUGACAGUGGCCCUAAGGCUGAUCACUGUGGAACAUCAUUUCCCAUCUUUUGGCAAUCUGAGUUACUGAUUUUACCUUUUUUCUGUUUUUGUAGUUAGUUUCGGUAAAUUAACUUAAAUAAGUGUCAUUUAAUUAACAGGUUACUUGAGGAGGAAAACUCUCCCUAUAUCACCUUGUUCAGAUACAAAUGUCUUUCCUCCCUCAGCUGCUAUCAUCACCCUCAUUGUUUGGCAGCUCAAAGAAUCAUCCUGAAACAUGAAAUAAUUUACAAGUGUUGCAUUCUGACCCUGGGUCAUAUUGAAGCUUUGGGUUGGUCUGUCCUUUGUACUCCAAAACAGCUUUAUUAAAGUUUUAAUAUUCACCACUUCCUUCAGUGCAAAAAGUGUAAGAAUGCACAGAGAUGUGCAGAACUUGUAUAUUCUGUUUAAACAGGAUUGUGUUUUGGGGGUUGAAAGGUUGGACACUUUGCACUUUGUCGCCGGAACGAUUCAUGUUCAGAAACCUAGGGGGAACUGCAAUGUUUUAAUAAUCCUGAUGAACUUCAUUGCUUUUUCUUCUCUGCACUGGUUCACUUAUUUCGAACGGGGGACAAUAUCCGUCAUCAGUAAGAAGAGGAAAAAUAAAGAUGUUACUAAUUCAUCAUUAUCAUAUUAUUAAUAAUGUUGAUGCAUCCACAUAACAGAAUCCUUGGCUAUUGAUUUGUACAAGCAAGUGGUAACAAGUAUUUCAUGAAGUUUUGAUUUUGGUAAGUGUGACCUUCGUAACUAGCAGCAGUGGAGCUGUUCAAAAUUAUACCAUACUUUUAACUGUAGAGAUAAGAUUAUAAUCUGCACUCACUGUUAUUUUGCUCUGAUGCAAUUCAUCAUGAUAAAUUUCACUGUCCCUCAGUGAAAAUCUCAAAGCAAAUCGACCACAAGGAGCCUUCUAGUAUUGUGAAAAUCAAAAACUGCAAAUGCUGCAAAUCUAAAAAGCUGAAAACACUCAGCAGGUCAGGCAGCAUCUGUGGAGAGAGGAACAGAGUUAACGUCUUAUUCUGGUGUUAAGUGUGUUGUUGUGCUUGCCAUUGGCAGGAAACAGGAGCAAUAAGCAUAACUAUCUCACCAACUGUGCGCAUCACAGAAGUAGUGGAUGGGUGGUGUGAUUGGAGGCAGCAAUAUGAGGUUAUGCUUCAAUUUGAUCCUUGGAGGUACUCUAGGCUCAAUGCUGAGAGUGAUGGAUCUUCGGAAUUUUCUAUUGAAGAGGCUCGAUUGCUGAGUACAUUUACGAUGUACAUCAAUAGCUUGUUGGUAUCAAGGGUUAUGGGUUUAGUGCAGCAAAGUGACACAGAGGUAAAAGAUCAGCUAUGAUCUCAUUCAAUGGCAAAACAGGAGCCAUGUGUAUCAGUGCUAUGCCGAAAGGAAGACAUUUGUGUUGAUUAGUGCCAUCACUAUUUUCACGCUGAACUUUCUUUAAAAUGUGGAGAUUUGUUCAACAUCAAAAUGGCUCAGUCUGAAUGCAAGUAGCCAAUGUUAAAAUGGCUGGAACGUGUAGGGUGAAGUAAAGCUUUACAUUUAAAGACAAGCUAAUAUUCUUUUUGUACUCAGUGUUGUUAUGGUUAUUAUGAAAGAUGUUUCCUGUCAGAAAGUAGCUUUUUGGUAGAGAUACCUCCUUGACCUAACUUUAUAAUUGUCAUUUACUGUAAAGUUAUCCAGAUCCUUGGCAUUUAGCAAAAAUGUAAGUAUAUAUAUUUUUAACAACCUUUUGGUAUCAAAUAUCAGGAUAACAGGAACAUAAACCUGCUAUUUGUAGUUUAACGUGGUAAUGCUACUUUUUUGGAUGUAAACAUCCACAUUCAGCUUACACCAAAAAAAACACAAGCAUUAAAAUAUGCACCUGGUCUGUUGUAAGUCUUUGCUCCAUUUACUGUGUUUCAUUCUGUAUUGAGAAAUAAAUAUUCUAUGACAGGAAAUAUAGAAUAUAAAUACUAUGUAUUGCUAAGAAAUUUUACAUUUUUUCAUUUCAUUUAGUUGUCUUUUACCCAAGAAAAUUUAUAAACUUCACUGAAUCCAUGAAAAAUCUUUUUUUAGAUUAUAGUUUAAAUUAGAAAUCACAACAACCCAAAGUUCAGAAUAGUGGUGGCAUAACCUAAAAUUAAUUUGGAUGAUUUUUGAAGGAAUAUAAAUAGGCUUUGGGUGGGGGUGAGGUAGCUACUGUGCACAAACAUAUUUGCUGUAAAUGAGAACCUAGGCUAAGUUAAUUAGUGAUAGGGUCUUAAAUACUGUCAAGUAGCAUUUCCAGCUAGUUUUUUUUUAACUGUAAGUUAUGGGAAAUUUGUUACUUUAAAUUCAGAGGUGCAAUGAAGAACAAAUAUUUUGCAUUUGCUGCACGUCACUCAUCUUUCAUCUAGAAAAUCUGUAAAGCUCAGCCUGAUGAUAUGGAAUAUUUUCCAAGCAUUUGUAUUGAGUUCUGCGCAAAUCUGCAACCAGAGAUUUAAAGUUCAAUGAGAAGAUCAUCAAAAUCUACGCAGUUUUGUAUUUUGAAACCAUAACUAGAGCAGUGAAAUUUUAAUAUAUGAUUAUUUAAAUAAAAAAGAAACAUCUUCAGAUACAGAAAAACUGAGUAUUUUAUAAGUAACCUGAAUAAUGUUUGCAAAAGUGGGCUUACUCGACGGGCGAUUGGGUGACUGUGGUUUGGGUUGAUGGUUCUUUUUAAAAAUUCUUUGUUAUUUCAGGGCUAGCACAAAGAUUUUGAAUUUAUGCACUAAAAUGAAUAUCAGGACAGUGCUGCUGGAACUUUUAUAUCUACUCUACAGUUUAAGCGCACAUUUUCACACAAAAUGUCUCAAUGUUUUUGAACAACACAAUGAUUUGGAUACCAUGGUUCAAGUAAUGCAUUUUUUCAUGUUUAAAAAAAAUUGCACCUCCAUCUUCAAGCUGAAUGAUGUAUUCUCUGUGCUAAUGGACACUGGACGCUGUGGCAAGUUAGGAUUGAAAUGCAAGGGCCUGGCCACAAAAACGUACACCAUAGCAAUUAAAAUAAGUGGAUAAUAAAAUAGAAGCUACUGGGUUUGCUUUCAGGUGAUACAUGAUGAUUAUGAUGUUUUGUGAUGUUUUUCAUUAGUUACUAACAACAGUUAACAUACCCUCUGUAGUGUUAUGCUAUAGAAAAUCUUUUUUUCCAACUAUAUGUACAAGGCUGUGUAAAAAAAAGUCUUUUGGCUCCAGUUAAUCUGGAUUUUAAAACUAUCAAAUUAAACUUAACUUUUAAAAUUCUAAUAUAAGUAAAAAGAUUUUAAGAACAAUGCACUCCAACACUGCAACUUCAAAAAAUAUUUCGAGUAAGACCAAAUAAGUUAAUUUAGUAGUUUGGCAUAAGUCUUUCUUUGAUGGUUUUAAAUGUGUUGAUUAAGCCUAAUGAAAUGUUGGUUCUACAUUGCACAGAUUUCUGUGUACUGCAUUGAUGGGUUAUUUCCUUUUACUUAGGUGUGCAAUACCUUUAAACCUACUUUAUUUUCUCAUUUAAAUACACAAUGCAUAACAUUGUUAUAAAUAGGAACUUUAGUUUGCUUUAGUGGUUUAUGGGAUUUUUUACAUUAUUAUUGGUGGAUUUUAUAAACAGUUUCUGUAUUUAAUUAUUUAUAAAGAAUGUUUAUGUAACUAAUGUUGGUUAGAAAUUUUGGGUAUUCUUUAAAUUUGUUAUUGUUGAUGCUUUGUUUAAUAUUAGCAUUAAGGGUUAUGUGCUACAAAGGUGUAGAAUGCAUUUGCAUUCCUAGGGAAGUUAUUACUGAUUAUGUAGUAUGUUAGAAUUGCACAGAUUGACUGUAAUAUUUGUAUGGGUCUUAAUAUUUCUAUUUGUUUUCUUUCGCUUUUCUGUCCUGCCAUCACUUUAUUGUCCAGCUUUCCAACAAAGUGGUUUGUUGCAGAAUAAUGACCUUUCACCUUUGCAUCUGGUCAGUUUCUUUGAGAAACUAUUAUCAGUAUUUCUGAUUAUUAUAUAUUGAUUUAGAAAGCUUUUGAGACUUGGCUUUCGCAGUGCAGUCUUUGUGUAGCUUGUCUCAAAGGUUUUUUAAAAGGCAUUGCUGGGAAUAAAAGCUGCAAACCAGAGUUGUCAAGUACUGUACCCUUAAAAUUUUCUUUCUUAAACCCAUGUGCUAAUAUUCCAAUUUUUAUUAUGAAACUGCACCUAUUAAUGUAGAACUUGACUGAAUAUUGCCCAGUUAUUAAAAAUUAACCUGUGAUACAAUGCAGUUGUUUAAAAUCUGUCAUGCACAGACUCCUGCUCCAACUGUGGGCCACCUUUGUACUAAUUUUAUAAGGUACUGCAUUAGCAGAUACAAUAAACUGCCCUCAUUUUUUUUUUAAUUGAAUUCUGUAAGCAUUAAAAUGUUUGAUUGUGGCUUACUAAUUAAAUUUGCAGACUUGGAUGUAACUGUUUCCAUUGCUGGUUUUGUAAAAACUAGUUGUAUUUCAUAAAUCUCCCUUGUGUGCACGUUAUAUUUUUGUUAUUUUCUCCAAAGACCCUCUGUAAGGAUCCAACAGAUGAAUAA